AUGACCAAUCAGUCCCCUUCUACUCAAUUUGGGGUCUCUUGUCUCGGUCCUAAUAUCUCUCGUUCUGACAACAAACCUGGAAAUGUGAAGGAGCAGCACUUUGAGCUACAAUGGGAAGAGGCAGUUCUUCGCCUAACAGGAACAGCCGGCUUUGUCGAGAGUUUUCAGAUUCCUUUUGCUAUCCCUAAACCCGAUACCAUGACUCAACUAUUACCAUGA